AUGUCGGAUGUUAUAAUGAAAUUGACGGAAAAACAAUAUAAAUUUUUGUUUGAUUUAUCAAAUACAGUACCUAGAGCUUUUAGUAGUCCCAGUUCACCUGAUACUUCCAGUAAUUCAACAGUUAAGGAAGAAGUUGAUAAAAAGCAAUGGACAGCAAUUGAUUUUGUAUUUAAAAUGAAUCACAUUCACUUGGAAAUAUUUUCUGGUGAUGGAUUUCAAGUAAAAUCUUUAGAUGAAAUGAGUUUAUCCAAAUUUUCACUUAAUCAAAGUAAUACCAAAUUUAAAAUGAUGAAUGAUGGAUCAAUGGAAGGAGAACUUUGUAUUCGUUCAGUUACCUUAAACGAUACAAGACCAAAUAUCAAAAAUGUUUAUAGAGAGAUAUUACCCGCAGUAAACAAAGAUAGUUCACAAUUCACUCUCAGUUUUACAAUGACCAGUGGAAUAGAGAGAGAUAUAAUAGCUAUCGUCACAUUUGAUAGUCCUACUGUUAUAUUAACAUUAGAUCAUUUAUUUGCCACACGUAAUUAUUUCAUGAGUGCAUUUGAAAAUUCAUCAACAAAUAACGAUGAACAAAAUGAAUUAAUUGAACAAAAUGGUCAAAGUGGUUCUCAAUCACCUAGUUCACCUACUUCAUCUAAUUCAUCUAUACAUUCACAAUCACCAAUGUUACCACCACGUUCAAUAGCUAUUCAACCUCAACAGAAACAAACUACUCCAACUACUAUAUUUAAUUAUCGAGUGAGUGUUGAAAAUGCUGAAAUCAUUUUACUUGCUAAUCCACAUUUAGCAAGUACUGAAGCAGUAAUUCUUUCUGCUCAACAAUUGGUUCUUGCCAAACAAGGGGUUAUGUCAUUGGCAGUUGAUCAAAUAGGAAUGUUUUUAUGUCGUAUGGAUCAAAGAGAAUCAACUCAAUUACGAUUUAUUGAUAAUUUCAAUUUUAAUAUGUCAAUGGAUACUCGUAGUUCCAAACCAGGACAACAACUUACAAAUAUUGAGGUUGAUGUUGGACCACUAAUUUUAAGAGUAUCAUAUAGGGAUGUUUUAUUAAUCGGUUCAAUUGUAAAUAAAGUAUCAGAACUUUCAUCACAAUCAACCGCCGAUGAACCUGAAUCAACCGAGAAAGAUGAAGAAUCUUCAGAUACGAAUGCGUUAAGAACGUUUAAUUAUGAUAAACUGGCUUCCCCCAAGAAAAAUAAUAGUAAAGGACGUCAAUAUAACACACAGGCUUUUCUGACACGAACGAGAUUAAUAUUAAUUGGGGAUGAACACGAUAUCCCAAUGAUUGAUGGAAAAUGUAAUAACUUUACUGUAACAGUAAAUGAUUGGUCAUCUCAGAUGAGCGUUGAUGCCACCAUAUCAACUUAUAUGAAUUAUUUUAAUCUUACAAAUUCACAUUGGGAACCACUUGUUGAACCAUGGCAAUAUAGCCUUCAUAAUAUAAAUCCCGAAAGUAUGGUGAUAGAUAUUUCUUCUCAGAAACGACUAGAAUUAAAUAUCACGCAUAUAUUCAUAGAAACAAUGUGGACUACACUUUCUAUACUUAAUCAUGAGAGCGAGCAUGUUCUUAGUACCGAUCGAGGAUCAAAAACACCUUAUAAACUUAGAAAUAAAACAGGUUACAAUAUGCACAUUUGGGCAAUUUCAUCUGAUGAUGCCAAAGAUACUGUGGUAGAAGAAUUGAAUGAUGGUCAUGAAUUAAAUUGGAGAUUUGAUGAUUGGCGUAAAACUCGUGAAGUUUCUUUAUGGGAAAGCAUUAAAGAAAUUCCCGUAGAUAGAGAAGGGGAAACACUUUAUUCUCUACGUCCUAAAAUAAAGAAUGUUUCUCAUCGUUUGGUGGUUCAUGUGAAAUUAGAAGAUAAUAUCAAGGUAGUAACAUUUAGAUCAGCCCUCGUUGUUGAAAAUCGUACACUUUUGGUUAUGGAACUUUUAGUUGUUGAUGAUCAUGAAAAUGCAAUGUCCACCGUUCAACGAAUUGAAGAUUAUCCUGUUCCAAUAGAAGUUGCGUACAAUUGUAAACUUAAAAUGAGACCUGAUGGAAAUUUUGGUUAUAAUUGGAGUAGAGAGAGCUUAUACUGGAAAGAUUUCUUGAAACCUGAUCCAAUUACUUCACUUUCUUGUGAGAAUUUUCAACAAGAAGAUGAAGAUGGUCUAUUCAGAUUCCAAGUAUUUGCUCGAUAUAGUAAAAACGAUCCUCUCAUCAAAGUGUAUCCUUAUAUGACCAUUCGUUUAAGUGCACCAAUUCAAGUCGAAAAUUUAUUACCUUAUGAUAUUGAUUUCUGUAUCCGUGUCGUCUAUGAUAAUAAAGAGAAACAUGAUUGGGCUAAUAAUUUCUUACGUAAAGGACAAGUAACAUCAUUUCAUCACAUUGAAUUGGGAACCUUACUCCUUAGUGUCAAAGUUCUUGAUACAGAUUAUGAUACUAGUGAAUUUGCUAUAAUACGUGCACCAGAUAGAUAUGAAUAUAAUAUUGAUAGCCAAUUAACUUUAACUGAUAAAGAGGGAGCUUUCAAAUAUAGUAUUUAUAGUCCUUAUGUCAUGAUAAAUAAAACAGGUUUAGAUAUGGUAUUUAAAUCUAAAUCGCUUAUGUCGUUUAUGCAAUCUGCCAAAUUUGCGGCUGGUCAAGGAUGGCUAAGAAAAAAGGAUCAAAAUGCUGCUCCAUACAUGUUUUCAUAUCCAAAUGAAGAAACUCGGUAUAGAGCUCUCCUAAAAGUAGGAGAUUCAGAAUGGAGCAAGCCACUAAGUUUUGAAGCAGUUGGCACGUUUUUAGAAGUCGUAGUUCCUUCAGCCACUAAAACCGAAGAGAUACAUUUGGGUGUUAGUAUACAAGAAGGACAUCAAAAAGUAUAUCUUAAUUUCCGUGAACCUGAAUCAAAUGUUAUUAAUAGUGUGAAGGCUAGAGAUAGAGCAGCACUUCAUUUCCUUAAACAAGGGGACGUUAAACAAUUGACGUUGUGCUAUCCUGGCUUAAAUAAAACUUGGUCAGCACCAAUUAAUAUUGAUGAACUUGGAAGAGUUCAUCUUAAACUUGGUAAAUCCGGUGAAGAAAUUGAUUUAAUUAGAACCGAAAUUUUACUUGAGGAUGCCACAGUUUUUGUAAUAUUUAAUAAAGAAGAAGGGAAAUGGCCAUUCCGUAUAGAAAAUUUUUCAGAUGUGGAAGUUUCAUUUUAUCAACAGGAUGUUGUAAAUCGUGAUUUCUUUGGUAAUAAUUCACAAUCGAGUUCAACCAAAAGAUAUGCUCUUAAACCGGGAAAUAAGAUUCCUUAUUCCUGGGAUUAUCCGGCUCUUAAAGAAAAGAGAUUAGUUUUAAAUAUCAGUAAUCAUGAACGUGUCGUCAACAUUCAAGAAAUAGGGUCACUUAUGCCAUUCAAAUAUCCGUAUAAUAAUGAAUAUAGAAUUUUAUCUAUUGAAGUCAUUGCGGAUGGUCCAACACAAGUAUUAUUAUUGACUAAUUAUAACCAAUCAGAGAGUGUGUUUAGACCAAGAACACCUUCAAUUUCAUCGAGUAACGAUAACAAUUCAAAUCGGGGUGAUUCUUUUGAAGUCAUUGACAUUGAUUCGGUGACCACAUUGACUUUCCAGAUUAGACUUGAAGGUAUAGGAAUAUCUGUGAUUAAUAAACGAAUGCAGGAAUUAUUAUAUGCUUUCAUGCGUGGUUUGGAAUUUAAAUAUAGCGAUUCUACACUUUAUCAAUCCAUCAAUUUUGUUGUAAAAUGGUUACAGAUCGAUAAUCAACUUUAUGGAGGACUUUAUCCAAUAAUAUUAUAUCCAACAGUUGUCCCGAAAGAUUCCAAAGAAAUUGAAGUUCAUCCUGCUUUUCAUACAUCUCUUAUUAAAGCAAAAGAUGAAUCUCACGGAGUUACCUACAUUAAAUAUUUCUCUAUCUUAUUACAAGAAAUGACAUUUGAAAUUGAUGAAGAUUUUCUGUUUUCAUUACUCGAAUUUACGAAAAUUCAAGGACCCGGUACAGAAGAAGAAGCUGAAGACCGACCACUUAUUGAAGGUACCUCUGAUAUUCCUGAACCCAAGUCUGCAGAGGGUGAUAACCAAUUAUACUUCGAAGAUGCACCUAUUACGUUAAAUGCUCUUGCUAUGGAAAACAUGCGCGUUAGUUUUCCUGUAUUAGUUGAUCGAAUUCGAAAACAUUACGGUUCACAAGAUUGUAGGCUCAGCCGACUUCCUGGGAAAUCCAGAAGCAUUGGAAAAGGUCUUUCUGUGGCAACUAUGGAUAAAACUUUUCAAGAUCGUCGGCGCAUGUCACAAUUUAGGAAUAGGCCAAAACAUGCAUUAUAUGGAGUUACUCAAGGAUCAAAAUCUUUAGUUACCAGUAUUGGUAGUGGCAUAGAAGGAUUAGUGCGUAAGCCAAUAGAAGGUGCUGAAAGAGAAGGUGCCGCCGGUUUCUUUAAAGGAGUUGGAAAAGGUUUUGUCGGACUUGUGACUAAACCUGUAGUUGGUGUACUCGAUUUCACGAGAAUACGUAAUACAACUACGGUAUUUGAUGAAAAUGAUAUUUCACCAGUUCGAAUACCACGAUUUGUAGGACGUGACGGAAUAUUAAAACCAUAUUCACAAAAAGAAGCUUUAGGCCAACAAUGGUUGAAACAAUUGGAAGAUGGGAAAUAUUUUGAAGAAGAAUAUAUCGCUCACCUUGACCUCGGAGGUGACGAACAAGUUGUAAUGUUAACGCGUACGCGUAUUAUGUUAAUAAAAUGUCGUCGAGCAAAAGUUGACUGGGAGGUUCCAUUUUCGGAUUUGGAAACCAUUUCUUUACAACCUACGGGAAUAUUAUUAAUGUUAAAGAGAAAUAAUCCCGGGCCAUUUAUUCCCAUCACCGAACCAACAAGUAAAGAAUGGUUUGAAAGAAAAAUGGAACAAGUCAUUAAUGAAUAUAAUUCAAAGAAAAGAUAA